GUUUCCUUGAUCCUCACAUUCAAUUGGAGCCGACUGAGGUUCGCAGUGGAGCAAGAGGGAGAACCUUCACCUGUAGAUAUUUGACAUUAACCUGUGUUUAACCAGCGACAAAAACCCACCCGGCACUUUUGAAUUGAGGCUCCGCGCUUCGGAUAUCGCAUCGCUGCACAGUCGCUGGAAAUAACUUCAAUUUUCCAGUUUUUUGCGGGCGGCUGUCGCCCUGUCCUCAGGUUUGACGGGAUACUGCAGGCUGUAUGGAGGGAUGUCGGCAUGGCUUGCACCAGGAGAACCAAAACUUUGGUGUCCACAUGCGUGAUACUGAGCGGCAUGACCAACAUUGUUUGCCUGCUCUAUGUCGGAUGGGUAACUAAUUACAUCGCCAAUAUUUACAUCAAAGUUCCGAUGCCUUUACCGGAGAGAAAGUUAGAGGGUGACAAAAGAGGGGACACUCUCCGGAUCAUGGAGAGGCUUGAUCGGCUGGAGAAUGUGGUCAACCAGCACAUACAAGAGACUCCAGGGAGGGGAAAGGACGGUCAGGCGGACACAUCAUUCUCUGACUCAUCGCUCUUCGCUCACUGGGGUCAGGAGCUCGGCCCGGACAAUCGGCGUGUGGCAUUGAAGAUGUUCCAGUACUAUGGAUAUAACGGCUACCUCAGUGAUCGUCUCUCUUUAGACAGACCAAUACCAGACCUCAGGCCUGAUGGGUGCAGAAACCUCACUUAUCCUUUAAACCUCCCUCAAGUGAGCAUUGUGUUCAUUUUUGUGAAUGAAGCCUUUUCCGUCAUCCUGCGGUCCAUUCACUCUGCCAUCAACAGAACGCCCUCCUACCUUCUCAAAGAGAUCAUCCUGGUGGACGACAACAGCAAUAACAAUGAGCUAAAGGAAAAGCUGCAGGAUUUUGUGUCUGAGACUAACAGCCAGCAUCCAGGAUUCAUCAAGAUGGUGCGUCAUGCCAAGCAGGAGGGUCUGAUCCGGUCCAGAGUGAGCGGGUGGAGGGUUGCCACUGCCCCAGUUGUUGCCCUGUUUGAUGCCCACGUGGAGUUCAACGUUGGCUGGGCUGAACCCAUUCUGCAGCGAAUUAAAGAAGACAGAACCCGCAUAAUCUCCCCAUCAUUUGAUAACAUCAAGUACGACACGUUUGAGAUUGAAGAGUAUCCGCUGUCUGCCCAGGGCUUUGACUGGGAGCUGUGGUGCCGCUACCUCAACCCACCCAAGUCUUGGUGGCACAAGGGCAACAAGAGUGCACCAAUCCAGAGCCCGGCCCUGAUUGGCUGCUUUGUGGUGGAUAGGCUGUACUUUGAGGAGAUUGGUUUGCUGGAUGAGGGGAUGGAGGUGUACGGGGGAGAAAAUGUGGAGCUGGGCAUUAGGGUGUGGCAAUGUGGCGGCAGUGUUGAGGUCCUGCCUUGUGCUCGAAUCGCCCACAUAGAGCGUGCUCAUAAACCCUAUACUGAGGAUCUGACGUCUCAUGUGCGGCGAAACGCCCUCAGAGUUGCAGAAGUUUGGAUGGAUGAGUUUAAAAGCCAUGUGUACAUGGCCUGGAAUAUUCCCAUGGAGGACCCAGGGAUUGAUAUUGGCGAUAUCUCUGAGAGGAAGGCUCUGAGGAAGAGGCUGCAGUGUAAAACUUUCCGAUGGUACCUGGUCAACAUCUACCCUGAGAUGAGGAUGUACAGCGACACCAUCGCAUAUGGAGUACUGAAAAACUCUCUGAAGAAUGAUCUGUGUCUGGACCAGGGGCCCGACAAUGACAAUGUCCCCAUCCUGUAUCUCUGUCACGGGAUGACACCUCAGAAUGUGUACUACACCAGUACUCAGCAGCUCCACAUCGGGCUCCUCAGUCCCACCGUUGAUGACGACGACAACAAGUGCCUGGUCGACGUGAAUAGCAGGCCGCGCCUCAUCGAGUGCAGCUAUGCCGCAGCCAAACGCAUGAAGCUCCACUGGCUCUUCACUCAGGGAGGAUCCAUUCAGAACAGGAAAUCAAAGAGAUGCCUAGAGCUUGUAGCAAGCAGCGACAAUGAGUUUGGCUACCAACUGGCUCUGCAGAAAUGCACUGGACAAAAAUGGUUCAUCACAAACGUGAUGUUUAGCAGCACCUUAUGAUUGACUGCUGAAGGUAACACUGGAGUGAAUAGAUGGAGUUGUUUCUUUUGUGUGCACAUGUGUGAAAGGAUAAGAAGCAGGAGUCCGACAGAAGAGCGGUGCAUGGUUGAACACCAUCAUUUUGAGCACCACGAUGUCCUCUGGUUAGCUCAAGUCGACAUCACAUCGUAAAUGUUAAACAUUUUAUUUUGCUUACACGAUCAGCCAUAGUUGGCGGAUAUUUUGCAGAUUUGACAAGGUAGUAUAUUUAGUAUAUUUUGUGGUAAAUACAGUACAGUCAGAUUUCCGUUGACUUAAAAGAUGUAAUGGGUCCAAUAUGUUUUUGUACUUUGUUCAUAAUUGCUACUGUGUAGCAAGCUUUCCGAAACCUGUCCCUGCUGUAAUUACUUUAUUUUAGUGUCUCAGGUUUGUAGGUUUAUUAUACUGUACAGUUGUGGGGAAACGUUGGAAUAAAUCUAAAAAAUUAUAGAUUAUUUUCUAAAUGUAAAUACUUUGAUUAUUUGUAAUAUAUAACAGUAAAAUAACUGAUGUAAACUACUGAGUGCAUGUGCUUUUUUUUCUUUUGUUGUGGCAUAUUUUGUGAUUCAAAUCUUUAAUCAAGGGUCGCCCUAUCAUUUAAUUCAAAAGUACUUGAAUCUGCUAUCAAUGCCAAAUAGAUUUUUGGUGAGUGCAGUGGCCCUGAGAUUUCAAUGCACUGCAACUAAAGAAAACACAUGCAAAUGUGCAAAACCUUUUCACCAGUUUGACAACACAUAAUACAGCAUAACAAAAUGCAGUGAAAAGUCAGAAAACACAACCAAAUACAGAAAUGCUACGAAUUGCAGAGAACUAAACAGAACUGAGUUAUAAAACAAGUUUCCAGGGGACAUUCAAAACUGAUGAACAUACCCAUGCACACGAGUCAUGGUUUGUAGCUGAUAGUUACUUGUGACUUAUGUCUCCGCGAGUAAAGAUGCCGUAGCAUGACAGGCUUUAUUAGCCUGAACACUAUGUACACCAUAGAUAUUUGCUGUGCAAUAUUCUGUGUAUUUCUGUGUUGAACUCUCAGGGCCACCAUACAUUUGGCCUUUAAAGGGGAACUUUUUUUUUAACAACACAGACUGAUCUACAUGCACACACAGCAUUUAGAAAUGACUGAGUCAUGGAAGUGAUGCCCUCAGUUUGUAAUGACAAAUGCAGGGACAGGAGCUGAGAAACGGGCUGAUUUCUGCUCUGACUGUUGUGUGCACCUGGGGAGGAGACGAGUGGCACAGCCUGUUUUCAACAUGCCAGUCCUCAUUACCAUCCACAUUCAAGCAGAGCUCUGCAAACCAUGGCAUUAAAUAAACAUGGAAACCCACUUUCAUCAAAAGGACCUCCCUCACUGACACGUCUUAAUAUAUGCAAUGCGAGCGCCUCUGCAUGAUCAAACCUUUGAAUGAAAGCAAUUCAACAAAACAGUAUUCCCAUGCAUAUUACUGACAUCCUCUUUUAGUUGACCACUCAUCCUGUUUGCCUGCUGGUACUCAUUCCAAACAUUAGCUUUCAGCUUUAAAAUGACUGUAGAUAGGGAAUCUGUGUGUGUACAUUUGUUUAAUAUUCUAUUAUCAUACAUACAUUUAUUACCCUUGUUGAUUUACCACAUCAUCUUGUGCCAGAAAAUGAUUUGAAAUAUUGAUAUAUUUUAAGGUUGGCACAAAGUACACUACCGAGAUUAAAUUCCCUGUAAAUGUGGAGUAAAAUAUACAUCCAACUGUAUCAAAGUGAUGAAACUGUCUCUGUGUGAACAUUAGUCACGUACAAUAUCUCAGAAAAAAGCUGGCCUGAUUUGGAUGAAGCCGGGGUGAUAAUAUGUAUGUCUUCCCUUUUGAGAUCUAGCAUUAGCAAAAUUACAGUCAUUUGCUUUGAUAUGAGAAUUAAAGACUGACAGGCACAUCUUC